UGUUGUACGGGAUUAUGAACGGAAAUGUAAUGUUAUCUUGUCUGUAUCCCUUCUUCCCUGAUUCUAACUGAUUUUUCUAACCUCCUACUCUGAUUUAUUCCCUUCUUUUAUCUAUUUAUUCGUCUAACUUCACCAUUGAUGCUUAAUUGAUAAGUUUGCACUUAUCAAGGGUAUCAGAGCAGUUCGUUCUUGUCGGACGGUUUACAAAAAUGGAUUGGUAUAUUGAUGCUCUUACGAAUCUCAACUCAAUUCUUUUGGCAAACAUUGAUGAAAGACGGCGACUAAAUAAAAAAAUCAAAGUCCUUAUUUUAGACAUUUCUUCAAACAUUGCAGCAGCAAUCGAAGAAGAAGAACGCAUCUAUUUGGAAGAUUCGUUCGAUAUAUUUGCUGAAAAGGAUGAAACGGUGCGCACAAGGUUUCGAAAUCCCGAAUCUUUCGAAAUCCGUGAUUUUUUCACAAUUUUCAGUGAAGAAUUUCAAGAGAUUGAACUGCCUGUUCUAAAGCCGCAAAGUGAUGAACCCUAUAUAUUAUGCUUUGCUUCUAUUGAUGAAACAAAAUUUUAUUUCUUCUUGGCAUUCAAGUGCAGUAAGUAUGCAGGAAGAAUUCAUGGGCGCGUUGUUGCACUUCCUUGGAGUAUCAUCACAUUCUCUGUUAGUCAAGUGGCAAGAGACCAAACAUUCUGCACUUGGUUGAUGUAGUUUGAGGUUGAAGUAGGGAUGAGAUCUGUUCGGAUAUAUCAGAUUGGUGACAAGUUUAGUGGUAGGCGUGGUCUGAAAAUAACUGUCGGCAUGACAUGCACAGAAGAAGAUAUUCCACGGUGAAGGCAUCACACUAGCUAUCAUUGUGAAUCAACAUUUAUCCCUUUUCGAAUAACAAUUGGUCAGCUUAUUUGACAGUAGUACCAUGCGAAAGGUUGCAGAUCAUAUGGGGAAUGACGGAGAUGCUACUUCCUUCGGUUGGCUAUAUUUGUUUAAUUUUUCCUUUGGUGGGUUAUAUAAUGGCCAACUUAACUCAAAGAAAUCAGACAUUUUAAGUGCUUUUAGUAAUAACGAGCAAAGUUAUGUCAAUAUGUUCUGCUACGAAACUUACGCCCAUCUAUACUACU